CAUGUGAGCAUGUAACGUGUAUGUGCCUGGUUGGUGUCGAUGUCUGGAUCAUGGGCUUCAUUGGUUGGGGUACUAUGCAUGCAGCUCGUGCCCAGCCGCGCUGCACUCGAUGAUUAUGCUAGCUCGCUCGAUAUAUUAUGCCAGUUCAGUGAUGAGUGCAUGUGAAUUCUGUGAUAUUCCAUUGACUUUUGUGUAGGACAGCGCUGGCCAAGCGAUCGAGUCCAGGAACCACCGGCGUGACUCUAACACAAAAGUUAAUGAACAUGGCGUCUGCUGGACAACAAGGGCAGUACGAUGCGACAGCUGGGGAUGAAAAUUCGACUGAAGACCCCACAGUCAUAUUUCCAGGAGGAAGAGCUAAAAAUUCAGAUGCUAUGUAUGCGAUCACUCGGAUCAGAGGCCAACAAAUGAGUGAUGCUCGUCAACAGGCGGGAAAGCCGAAGCCACCCAUUCAUAUUGGAGCUGUGAAGGGGCUACUGGCUGUCGUUAUUCUGUUUCUGGCCUGUUUAGCAGCCUUUUCUUCCCGUCUGUUUGCAGUGAUUCGCUUCGAAAGUAUCAUUCAUGAGUUUGAUCCAUGGUUUAACUACCGUUCAACACAUUACCUGGUCACUCACGGUUUCUACAACUUCUUGAACUGGUUUGAUGAGAGAGCAUGGUCUCCUCUCGGAAGGAUUGUUGGGGGCACAGUCUACCCUGGUUUGAUGGUGACAUCAGGGGCUAUUUAUAACAUCCUUCACUCUCUCAACAUACCAAUACACAUAAGAGAUGUCUGUGUGUUUCUAGCGCCCCUCUUCAGUGGACUCACAGCCUUGGCAGCUUAUGGCUUGACAACUGAGCUAUGGGAUGCAAGUGCUGGUCUAUUAGCAGCAUGUUUCAUUGCUAUUGUACCAGGCUACAUAUCCCGAUCAGUGGCUGGAUCCUAUGAUAAUGAAGGAAUCGCCAUCUUUGCUCUGCUUUUCACCUACUAUCUAUGGAUCAAGGCUGUAAAGACAGGAUCUAUUGCCUGGGCUUCUGCUACAGCACUGUUAUACUUCUAUAUGGUAUCAGCAUGGGGAGGUUAUGUGUUCAUUAUCAAUCUGAUCCCCCUCCAUGUAUGUGUCCUGCUGCUCAUGGGGAGGUUCUCAAACCGUGUCUAUGUCGCAUUCUGUACAUUUUACAUCUUGGGAACCCUGAUGUCUAUGCAGAUCCCAUUCGUAGGCUUUCAGCCAGUACGAACCAGUGAGCACAUGGCAGCUGCAGGUACCUUUGUUCUGCUUCAAGCCUUUGCCUUCCUGAGGUAUAUUCAAGACUUCUUGACCAAGCAAGAAUUCCGCUCUCUAUUCUUUUUUGGUGUGCUUGGUACAGCAGGAAUUACUUUCAUGGGUGUCGUAUUCUUAACUUAUGCAGGUUACGUUGCACCCUGGAGUGGUAGAUUCUACUCACUGUACGAUACUGGCUAUGCAAAGAUUCACAUUCCAAUCAUUGCCUCGGUGUCCGAGCAUCAGCCAACGACCUGGGUGUCCUUCUUCUUUGACCUUCAUAUCUUGGUCUGUACAUUCCCAGCUGGACUCUGGUUCGUCAUCAAAGACAUCAAUGAUGAGAGAGUCUUCAUUGCCCUGUAUGCCUUGAGUGCUGUGUACUUUGCCGGUGUGAUGGUACGUUUGAUGCUGACCCUGACACCAGUGGUCUGCAUCCUAGCUGCCAUUGCGAUCAGCAAGACUCUCAAUGAAUACCUGGUGGAUGAACUCCCCAAGAAGUCCCUGACGGGGGAAGAGGAAGAAGAAGAAGAGGAGGAGGAUGCAGAUCGCAAAAACAGGAAAUAUUACGAUAAGGCUGGUAAAGUGCGACGUAUCAAGACGGACAAAGGCAAGGAUGAUGAAGGCAUGGGAGGUAACCUGAAGGGGUUCGUUGUGGUAGCUAUCAUCAUGACCCUCAUGCUGUUCUCUGUCCAUUGUACCUGGGUCACCAGUAAUGCCUACUCCAGCCCUAGUAUAGUGCUGGCUUCACACAAUCAAGAUGGGUCGCGUGUUAUCCUAGAUGACUUUCGUGAAGCCUACUACUGGUUGCGUAAGAACACAGACGAUCAUGCCCGUGUGAUGUCAUGGUGGGAUUAUGGCUACCAGAUAGCUGGGAUGGGAAACAAAACAACACUUGUAGAUAACAACACCUGGAACAAUAGUCAUAUAGCAUUAGUUGGCAAGGCCAUGUCAUCCAAUGAGACAGCAGCUUAUAAAAUAAUGAGGGACCUAAGCGUUGACUAUGUCCUGGUGAUCUUUGGUGGUGUGAUAGGGUACUCUGGUGAUGACAUCAACAAGUUCUUGUGGAUGGUGAGGAUAGCCGAGGGAGAGCAUCCAAGAGAUAUCAAGGAAAGCAACUACUUUACACCCAAUGGGGAGUUCAGAGUGGACAAAGCAGGAUCGCCUACUCUACACAACUGCUUAAUGUAUAAAAUGUGUUACUAUCGCUUCGGGGAAUUGCAGCUUGAUUUUCGGUCACCGGCGGGCUUCGAUCGGACGAGAGGUGUGGAGAUUGGGAAGAAAGACAUCUCCUUUGAGCAUCUAGAAGAGGCCUACACCACAGAACACUGGCUCGUCCGAGUCUACAAGGUCAAACCACUCAGUAAUCGUGUGCCCUCUCAGAACCUGCUUAAGAGAAAGGCAGGCGUGAAGAAAUAUGUAUCUAAGAAGACGAGUAAGAAAAGGCGUGGAUCUAUCAAGAAUAAACCAGCGGUGAAACGAGGCAAGCGGACUAGAGGAGGUGGCAAAGUUAAUAAGAGAAUAUAAAUCUAUUCACCUUGCCGAGUUACUCCAGGAACAUGUAGUUUAGUUUUAAUAAGAUUUUUGGGAAAUAGCCUUCUAGAAUUAUGUAGUUACGGGACAGACUUUGGUGGAAUGUUAGGAAAGUGGAGAGAUUUUACAGAAUUAUCAAAACCUAAUGAUAAGUACUUCAAUUUUUCUUGUCGUCCUUGUGUACUUUGUCCUCAUGGAAAACCAAAUCAUCAUCUUGCUUUCAGGAUUUGUAUGUACAUGUAUGUUGCUGUAUUACCCAAGAUUUCAGAAAACUUAGGAAAAACAAGGUCUGUUACAGGUAAAACAUCAGUCGGGUAACAUUUAUGCAUCGUAUCUAAGUAUUUAUGUUUUUACUUUGGUAUACAAUUUUGAAAA